UAUCAUUUGUGGAGCGAUUGAUUGCUCGUGAAGUGAGAUAGCUCUCGGACAGACCAGACAGACACACACGACAACUUCUGUAACCAUCGCUGUGCAUGCAAACCGAGGGUUAAUUGCAUAUAGCUACUGAAAAGGCUCAUCUUUGUCAUAUUAGGUUCUGAGCGAGAGGCAGAACUAAACAUGAUGCAGAUUGUAUUCACUGGAAUCCCUCGUUCUGGAAAGAGUUCGUUUUGGAAACGCUUGCAGGGCAUUAUUCCAGAGAGACUUCUUCCAAGUACUGACAUCACAAGUUCAGAAGGAAGUGUGAGACUGGACAUUAGGGGAAGCUGUGGCUUUGUUCUGCACGUCUCAGAACUUGCCUGGAGGAGGAUUCAAGCCGAGGAGGAAAUGGAGGGAUUUGUUGCAUUGGUAACUCAGCACGGACAUCUCUUCAUACAAGAAUCACCUCAAGAUUUCUCUAGCACCACAGUACCUGAACAGCAGAAUAAAAAACCAGCUUCACCCAAACCAGACGGGCAGCCGGAUCUUCAGCAGAGUAAAUUGGCCCAGGUGAAAAAUGAAGCUGUAGAGCAGUCCAUUACCACAGGCACUGACUCAGUCUUGCCAAACACAGAAGGACAGCAACCUACGCAACAGAGCGAGCAAGAUCAGCCGCAAAAUGUGCCAGCUUCCACACACAUUGAAGAGUCUGGCAACGUAGAGGGGCAAUUACCCUCAGCCUCCAAUGUAAUGAAUAAAGCAUUAAUCAGUAUGAAACAAACACAACUCAGCAGGAAGAUAGACAGUGCCUCGUAUGUACUGUGCAGAGACACAGGAGGCCAGCCCGAGUACCAGGAGCUGUUGGCUCUACUGAUUGCAGAGAGCAACACAGUCUACAUCAUCUUCAAUCUGGUGCACGACCUUCACUCCAUUCAGCCUCUGGAGUACCUCCCAUCUGUUGAUGGUGACCCGAUCACAUACGAAUCACCACAUACUGUAGGUGAGAUGCUGUGUCAGUCUCUGAUAAGUGUGCCAGUUCACAGUUCUGGUGUACGGGGCUCCAAGAAAGACUCACAGGACGUGUCUGGAGAUGGAGAGUUCCAGAAUCGUUCGUGUGUUUUCUUCAUUGGCACACACAAGGACCAGGUGUCCCCUCAGAGAAUAGAGGCCGUCAACAGAGACCUGAUUGAACUGAUCCGACACACUCCACAGUAUAAAGCCAACAUUGUCCAGCGUUGCAGUGCUGACAGCAUCGUCUUUGCUGUGGACAACUUCUCUUCUCUGGAGAAUGACGAGGACUUUGCUGUGAUUCGCAGGGCAACCCAAGGCCUGGUGUAUGGCAGUCAUUUGAGAGUGAAGGCCCCCACCUCGUGGCUGUUCACAGGAGUAGUCCUGCAGAACGUGUCUGAGACACGACCAAUGAUUUCACUGAGUCAGUGCCAGGAAAUAGCUCGGCAGUGUGGAGUCGAGCAACAGUCAUUCAAACCGUGUCUCAAAUUCCUUCACAAUAAAGUCGGAGCCAUAAGGUUAUAUGAAACUGAACACCUCCGCGAUGUGGUUAUCAUCAAACCUCAAGUACUGAUCAAUGCUCUCUCCCACCUGAUGAGAAGGGCCUUCUUGAAGCCUCUCUCUGGGAGAGCAGUUGUCGACGAUGAAGAUAUCAAUGAUGUAGUUCUGCACUUCAAGUCAAUAACAAGAGAUCGUCUCAUCGAGAUAGCACUUGACCUGCUAGUGAUGUGUCGUCAUCCAAACUCAACUGCCCAACAUCCCAUGUACUAUCUCACCUGUAUGCUGCCAAUGAAUAGAGAGGUCAAUGGUGUUGGGAUGAACUCUGUUUACUUCACGAUGGAAGGGUUUGUGCUCCCUAUUGGUCUCGGUAGAGCCACAAUCACUGCAAUAGUACAGCAACAAAUGAACACCAAAACCCCAUGGAAGAUAAACUACGACACCUUUCAUCGCAACAGUGUUGAGUUUACAGUUGGUUCUCCUGCAGUGAGUUUCAAGAUUUCCUGUUCUGCAAAGCACCUCAGUCUCUCUGUCAGGAAUGCUGCAAGUGUUUCGAGGGAGACAUGUUCCGAUGUUCGUAUUGCAAUUGAGUCAACAAUGACUGAAGUAUUGAAACUGUAUCGCUAUGGACAGGCAACAACUCCAGUUGUAGCCUUUAGCUGUCCGAGUUGUGAUCUGGAAGCUACUGGGUUCCACUACGCCACCUUAGUGGCUGAGGACAGACUUGAAUGUUCUCAUAUGAAACAGAAUGUGGUUGUUGCUUCAAACCUGAAAAAGUGGGUUUUGGUGAGUUUUAAUAAUAAUUAUGUUUAUUAAUUUCAUUACUAUUUGUGUUAUCAUGGCUAAUAGGAAGGAAAGGCUGCUUUGUUGAGAGCUGCUGCCACUGGGAAUAUUGAUGCUGUCAAGAGAGAGCUCACUGGUCACACCGACGUUAAUUCUCAAGAUGAGGACGGAACAACUGCCAUUUCCUAUGCUGCAAUGAAUGGUCACAUUGAUAUUGUGCGUCUUCUGAUAGAAGCCAAUGCUGACCUAAACCUACCAGAUAAGGAUGGUUUUACUCCACUCCGUGUUGCCUGUGAUGGUGGGCACAAGCUAAUAGUUGACAUUCUAUUGAAGAAUGGAGCCAACGUUAAUCUCACCACGACAGUAAGUGUGUUUGUAGUAAAUGAGAUUUGUGAUGUAAGGGUAAUAAAAGCCACAUAUACCAUCAUAAAUGAUAAUUACACCAACAUCAAGAUGUGAAAGUGGGCUGCUUAUUUCCGUAGUCUUUUUAAGCACCAGUUCUGGUAUACAUGUACAACAUACUGUUGAACUUGUACAAACAUUAUUAUUGUAGC